AUGCUAGUGGCCUGCAAGAAGCAGAAGACUGAGGAGAAGAAGAAGCAUGAUGAAGAAGCCAUGCAGGCACAAGAAGAGAUCAAGAAUAAGAUAUGUCAAAAAAUCAAAAUUGAACUUGCAGCACAUUCAAUUGCUGCAUGCAUUCAGACCCACACUCAUGCAAUGAUGGCUGCUCUUGAAGUUAAAGUUAUAGCUCAUGAACACAAUCAUCUUACUGCCACUGAUCUGUUGAAGAAUGAGAUGGAGAAGAAGAUGAAAACAUUCCAGAGUCAUUUGCAGACUUCAUUAGAUAAGGAGAUGCUAUCACCACCAGAGAAGAUGAAUGAGGAGGAGUUUAAGAUUGUCAUCUCUUUUAAUGAAGAGAAGGAGAAUGAGAAGGAGAAGAAUGACUGA